AUGCCAGCCAGCACGCCCGCGCAGGAUGCCAAGUCCCGCCAGUCGUCCGGCGGCAAGUCUUUCUUCUCGCGCCGCAAGCACAGGGACAAUGAGCCCGUCCCGGACACGCCCAGCUUGCCUCAAAGCGUCGCCAACUCGCAGGCUUCGCUGCACUCGCACCGCUCCUCCGUGGCCUCGAUCGACCGCCCCCUCUCCAUGCUGCCCGACUCCAUCAACCACAGCGCCGGCGUCCUCACCACUAUACCCUACGACAACGUCCCUCUCGAUACCCGCUCCCCCUCCACCGACCACUUCCCCAGGGACGACCGGCCGCCGACUCGGGGCGCGCCACAACCUCACCACCUGAACAGGCCCGGUGCCGACUUUCACCAAUACCCCGUCUUCAACAUGACGGCGCCGCCGCCGCAUGGGCAUCCCGUGCCGCCCCGGCCUCCGCCACACGCCUCGGGGGCCGCCAUGGCGUCCAGCGCGCCCGGCGACAGGGGCGUGUCCAUCCAGCAGUGGGGUGGUGGACGGCCGGGCACGUCCGGCGGACGGCCAUACUCCCCCAGCAGCCACGGUCACUACAGUACUGACUCUUCUUACAAUACUCGAGCGUCGUCGGAUCAGGCAAGCGUCUACUCCAACCACUCGGGCGCACGCGACAAGGCCAGCAUGAUUUCCCUGCCAAAUCCUUCCCAGAGUACGUUUUCUUCCAUCGGCUUGGACCGACACACCCUCCUGCCGACAUUCAAUCCGAAUGGUCCGCUGAGCUCUCACAACUCUUCAGCCUUCAACUCGACAGCUUCUUUCGACCCCACCGGAUUUAACAUGCAGCGCCCCACCGACGACAGGCAAAUCGAACACGAGUUCAUGACGCUCAUGCAAAAGCGCGGCUGGAACAGUUUGCCGGAACAGGCGCGCAGGCAGAUGGAAGCCUACCCGGUCUCAAAAAAGUGGACGUUGGUGCACCAAGACAGACUGGCAGAAUGGCAAGGUGAGCAACGGCGACGACAGAAUGCCAGACAGACGCAGUUUAGCGUCGACGGACAAGGCAUCCUUGGCCGCGCUGACGAAGAGGGAAGCCCGGAGUGGUACGUGCGAAAAGUAUUGGACAACUCGAUCACGGCGAAGCAACUUCAGAGCUUGAGUGUCAGCUUGCGGACGCAGCCGAUCGGUUGGGUCAAGGCUUUCGUCGAGUCCCAGGGCCAAAUCGCGCUGACCAAUGUCUUGAACAAAAUCAACCGGAGACAGGGACAAGGACCACAACCCGCCGCCGGGCCCAACAGCCAGGAAAUGGAUCUCGAUCGUGAAUAUGACAUUGUCAAGUGCUUGAAGGCGCUCAUGAACAACAAAUACGGUGCCGACAACGCGCUGGGGUACCCGCAAAUCAUCACCGCGCUCGCCGCCUCUCUCACGUCUCCCCGUCUCAACACGAGGAAGUUGGUCAGUGAAGUGCUCACUUUCCUCUGCCACUGGGCCAAUGGACAAGGACACGAAAGAGUGCUGCAAGCUUUGGACCACCUCAAAACACAGAACGGAGAGAAUGGACGAUUCGAUGCUUGGAUGCGUAUUGUCGAAGUCACGGUUGACGGACGCGGCAAGAUGGGCAGCUUGGUCGGUGCAAGCGACGAGGUCAGAAGCGGUGGCAUUGGCUUCGAAAACUUGCUCAUGGAAUACGCUGUUGCGUCUCUGUUCCUCGUCAACAUGAUUGUUGAUGCUCCGGAAAGGGACCUCCAGAUGCGUGUGCACCUCCGCGCCCAAUUUACAGCAUGCGGCAUCAAGCGCAUCCUGAUGAAGAUGGAGGAUUUCCAGUACGAGGUCAUUGACAAGCAAAUCGAGCGGUACCGAACCAAUGAGGCCAUCGACUAUGAGGAUCUCCUGGAAAGGGAGAACAACAGUAUGGUGGAUGGUAUCGACGGCGAAGUCAAGGACCUGAAUGACCCCUCGCAGAUUGUCGAGGCUAUCUCGAGCAAGAUCAACGGCACAAGGUCACAAGACUACUUCAUCUCCGCCAUGCAGCACCUGCUGCUCAUUCGUGACAACGAGGGCGAGGACCGCUUACGAAUGUUCCAGCUUGUCGACUCUAUGCUUAGUUAUGUUGCCAUGGACCGCAGACUGCCGGAUAUGGACCUCAAGCAGAGCCUGAAUUUCACCGUGCAGAGUCUGAUGGACAAGCUGUACACCGACUCUGAGGCACGACAAGCUAGAGAUGAAGCCAUCGAAGCACGGCAGAUAGCCGAUUCUGCAAUUGCGGAGCGUGAUGAGAUGCGAGCCCAGAUUGAACUUGGCGCCGAUGGAAUGGUGGCCAAGUUGCAAAAGCAACUGGAGGAACAAACAGCCCUGCUUGAGCUGAGAGGCAGACAAAUCAAACAGCUCAGGGCCGAGAUGAUGGAUCUCCAGACUGUUCGCGCAAAGGAACUCCAACGCAACGAACUUGAGACGAGAGAACUUUAUCUCAUGCUUCGCGAUGCUCAGGAUGUCGCCGCUUCGCACGCAAACAAAACCAAGGCUGACGGUACUCCUCUCGCGGCCACGGACCCCACAUUCAUGCAGGGUAUCCUCGACCGUGAGAAGCUCAUGGACAAGCUGGAGAUGCAGCUUGAGCGUGCCAAGACCCAGGCUAAGCUCGAGGGCAAGGUAUGGCAAGCCGUUGAUCCUUCUGACAGGCUGCGCGAGCUGCGCGAGAAGAUGGAAGGCGGCGAGGAGGACCAAGAAGCAGAGCGCAGUCAAGAUUUCAGCCGCAGCGAGUACGCCACCAGCUUCCUUGGCUCUGUUUCCCGGAAACCCGUGCCGAAGGGUGCGAGAAAGGCCACCGAAGGUGAUUUGGUUGACGAGACUGAACGUGAGGACGAGGACGGUGAUGAUAUGGUGUACGAGAAGCCACGCCUUGUCCAGAUGAGACGGCCGAAGAUGAACUCGCAACAGGCUGCUGGAUUUUUGGGGGAGAUCUCUUCCAAGGUCAAGCGUUUCGAUGGAAGCGACGACGAAGGCGAGGCGUGCGAAGAGGGUGCUGCUGGUGCAACUGCGAAGCCGAGUGAAGGAGAAGAGGCUGCAAAGGUGCCGGCUGAUGGAGCUCAGAAGUUCGACGGUCCGCCACCUCCACCGCCUCCGCCGCCCCCGCCUGGUUCUUCGAUGCCUGGGUUCGCCGAAGGCGCCGCGCCUCCACCGCCUCCCCCAAUGCCGGGCUUCGCUGGUGGUGCACCGCCGCCGCCGCCCCCUAUGCCUGGAUUUGGUGGUGCUGCUCCUCCUCCGCCUCCCCCUAUGCCCGGAUUUGGCGGUGCCGCUCCUCCUCCACCACCUCCUAUGCCUGGAUUUGGUGGAGGUGCUCCCCCUCCCCCUCCCCCUAUGCCUGGCUUUGGAGGUGCUCCACCACCGCCCCCGCCGCCGCCACCUGGAUUUGGCGGAGCUCCGCCACCACCGCCGCCUCCUGGAGCGCCACCGCUUCCUGGUGCAAGGCGCGGUCCUGGCUUCUUGCCACAGGCUGGUUUCUCUGCGCCUAAGAUUGGCCUUGCCGUGGCACGCCCGAAGAAGAAGCUCAAGGCACUGCAUUGGGAGAAGGUCGAUACGCCGCAAGUCACCAUGUGGGCUUCGCACGCACCGACGCAUGAAGCCAAGGAAGAGAAGUACCGCGAGUUGUCUAAGAAGGGUGUCCUUGACGAAGUCGAGAAGCUUUUCCUGGCCAAGGAGGUCAAGGCGAUUGGCAAGAAGCAAUCCGUUAAAAGUGACAAGAAACAGCUCAUCUCCAAUGAUCUGGUCAAGACAUUCCACGUUGCGUUGGCCAAGUUCAAUCAAUACUCGGUAGAGGAGAUCGUACGCAUGAUCAUUCACUGCGACAAGAUCAUCGUAGAGAGCGAUGUUGUCAUGGAGUUCCUGCAGAAGAACGAUCUCUGCGUUAUCCCCGAGAAUGUUUCCAAGCUCAUGGCGCCAUACAGCAAAGACUGGACCGGACCGGAUGCAGCAAAGGCCACACGCGACCAGGAUCCGUCAGAGCUUACGAGAGAAGACCAGAUUUAUCUCUACACCGCUUUCGAGCUGCAUCACUAUUGGAAAUCUCGUAUGCGUGCGCUGGAUCUGACGCGGACGUACGAGUCAGAGUACGAUGAUAUUUUCAAGAAGUUGCAGGAAGUCGUUCGGGUUUCCGAGUCGCUCCGUGACUCCGUGUCAUUGAUGAAUGUCCUGGGUCUGAUUCUUGACAUUGGCAACUACAUGAACGACCACAACAAACAAGCCAAUGGUUUCAAGCUUUCCUCUUUGGCGCGUCUGGGCUUGGUCAAGGACGACAAGAACCAAUCUACCUUUGCCGACCUCGUCGAGCGCAUUGUUCGCAACCAAUACUCCGAAUGGGAGGGUUUCGUGGACGAGAUUUCUGGCGUCAUCACUGCGCAGAAGAUCAACGUUGAGCAGCUGCAAACUGACGCCAAGAAAUACAUUGAUAAUAUCAAAAACGUCCAAGCCAGCUUGGACAGCGGUAACCUGAGUGAUCCGAAGAAAUUCCACCCCGAAGAUCGCGUCAGCAUUGUUGUCCAGCGCUGCAUGAAGGACGCCAGACGCAAGGCGGAACAGAUGGAUGACUACUUGGAGGACAUGAAGAAGACUUACAAUGACAUUAUGACGUUCUACGGUGAAGACCCGACGGACGACAAUGCCAGAAGAGAGUUCUUCGCCAAGCUGGCUAUCUUCGUCUUCGAGUGGAAGAAAUCCAAGGAGAAAAACAUCCAGUGGGAAGAGACUCGCCGCAAAAACGAAGAGUCUAUGCGGCGCAAGGCCCAGGCCGCAGGCCCGCGCUCACCAAACUUGGAGGGCGCGCCGCCAUCCCCUGCGUCCACUGGCGCAAUGGACACUUUGCUCGAGAAGCUUCGUGCUGCGGCUCCCCAAACACGCGACCAGCGCGACCGUCGCCGUCGCGCCCGCCUCAAGGACCGUCACCAGGUGCGUGUCGCAAGCGGUCAGCAGAUACCGGAUCUGGACGAUGCCGCGAACGAGGGCGAAGGCGGAGAAGGCUCGAACAACAACGGAGCAGGUGCAAUGCUCAGCCCGGCAUCAGGCAUGGAGUCGGAAGACAAAGACCACGACGCUGGAACCGGAGCAUCCCUCUCCACUGCUCCCGCUGGCGGCGAGGGCGGCGAGGGCGGCACGAGCGAAGGCGAGGAUAUCGCAGACCGCGCGGCUUUCAUGUUGCAGAGCAUGCGUGGCAAUGGUGAAGGUGAAGUAUCGCCAGUCCCUGGUCGCGAAGAGAGUUUGAGGGUCCGUAGAAGAAGAGAGAAUGCGGGCGACGAGAGAGAAAGGCGGAGGAGGAGGAGAGCAAACCAAAGAAGCACGGCGGAUGAGUCGAUCAAGGAAGAGCCAGAUGCCAGGCCGGGAACUGCCGGUUCUGUUGGUACGACAGUCGCUUCAGAGGCCGGCGGUGCCGGCGCCGAAGAUGACGACACCCCAAUGCCCGACGCAGAUGCCAAACCGGCCGAAGAAGCCGCCGCACCUCCAUCACCACCGGACACGGAUAAAGCUGAAGAUGAUGGCGAGCAGAAAACCAACGCUGAACCGGAAGCAGACAAAGAUGCCGAACAGCAACCCACCGGCUCGGAUUCAAGGCCGCAAUCACCGUUGCCCACGCCCGUCACGAUUGUCAGCCCGCCUAGUCCGGCCGGGUCCGUGAGGAAAGGAGAAAAGGACGAUGAUGAGUAA